AUCUUGUUGGGGGAUUACCAUUACUCUCUCUGAUACCCCAGAGAAAUCAAAGAAUAGCAAGAAAAUGGCUGGAGAUGAUUCCAAUAAUGCACCGUCGGCACCAGAAUGGCCGACUUCGGUAGGAUUCAACAGUGAUCAAUUGCCCAAUAAUAGCCAAGCGUCUGACGAUGAAGAGGCUGCCUUCGACCCCCAUAUCAUUCCAAAUGAACCGGAGGAACUUGAAGUCGAGGAAGAGAGCGAAGGAGAGGAUAUCUUCAACAAAAAUUUCAUGGAGGAUUAUCAGAGGGCAAAAGAGCAUGAUUGCUACGAAUCUCUUGGAUUAGACGAUUCGCUCGAGGAUGAGAGGGAUUUGGAUCAGAUCACUCAAGACUGUAAAGCUGCCGAGUUAGAGCUUGAUGCUCACGAUGCUUGCUUCUUUGGUCAUGUAAUUGCACCAAACCAAAAGUCCUUCUUCAGUUCGUGUCUUCACUUCAGAUAAACCUGCAAAGCCCCGAGGUGAAUCUUCGGAGUAGACACUCCAAUACUUAAGUCAACAAUAAUUGGAUCUACCUUUAGAAUAGUGGAAAAGAAGCUUUAGGUCGGUUUCAAUUACCUUUUUGAGGUAGCCCCUAGGGGGUAUUUAUAG